UUCAGACUCCGUGGCAUCGCCGCCCCGGCCAAUUAGAUAACCAUUCACGAAAUUUGAAAAAAAAAAAAAAAGUCUUAAGGAAACUCAACUCUCCUUCCUUUCUUUUUCUUCUCUUUCAGCAAUAAAAUCCUUUCCAUUUCUUUCUCUCCUGUUCCCCUUCGCAAAGCAAAGAACCUCAAAUCCUCUUCUAUCGUCCUCUGUUUAUAGAGAUUUGUAUUUGUUUCUAUCUGAUAGGGUUAAGGAGUUAGUGUGAUGGGGCAACAAUCGCUGAUUUACGCCUUCGUGGCGCGAGGCACCAUGGUGUUAGCCGACUACACCGAAUUCACCGGCAACUUCACCGGCAUAGCUUCUCAAUGCCUCCAGAAACUUCCUGCUUCCAACAACAAGUUCACUUACAACUGCGAUGGCCAUACCUUUAACUAUCUCGUCGAUAACGGCUAUACUUACUGCGUGGUUGCUGUUGAAUCCGUUGGCCGACAAGUCCCAAUUGCCUUUCUUGAGAGAAUUAAGGAGGAUUUUACCAAGCGAUAUGGUGGAGGAAAAGCUGCAACAGCUUCUGCGAACAGCCUUAGCAAGGAGUUUGGGCCUAAGCUAAAGGAGCAUAUGGAAUAUUGCAUUGAUCAUCCAGAGGAGAUUAGUAAGAUUGCCAAAGUGAAAGCUCAAGUUUCAGAAGUCAAAGGAGUAAUGAUGGAAAAUAUUGAAAAGGUUCUGGACCGUGGCGGGAAAAUUGAGAUUCUGGUAGAUAAAACGGAAAAUCUUCGCUCUCAGGCACAAGAUUUCAGGCAGCAGGGAACCCGGAUGAGGAGAAAGAUGUGGUUGCAGAACAUGAAGGUAAAGCUGAUAGUUUUCGGAAUCCUGAUCGCAUUGAUUCUCAUUAUCGUGCUGUCCAUUUGCGGUGGCUUCCAUUGUUGAAGAAGAAUACGCUCAUCUGCUCGGCUAUGGACUCUAUUUCCACUUCAUGGAUCAGAGGUAUUGUUGCAGUCACACAACUGUAUUGAUGCUCGUCUGCCUAUACAUUUCUUGAUUACACGUUCUUUUUUCUUUUCUGGUGUAGCCUAAAUCACAAGACUGUGUUGUGUAUAUUACAGUUUGGAUUCUUUUGAUUGCAUUAAGUUCAUUGAUGUGUGGAAAUUCAUUAUCCAUCUUUUUGAAA